UGGACUUUUUUUUUUUUUUUUUUUUUUUUUUUUUUUAAUUUCUAAAAUUUGUAAUGGCAAAAUCAGACUUUGUCAAAAUACGUUUUUCCUUUGCCAUUAUCCUUCGAGCUGCUGUUUACUAACAUAAAAAUGCUAUCAUGCUUAACUUCUUCAACAUCCCAAAAAAUCUCUCAUUUUACCUAUCAAUUAUCAAAAUUUAGGCCAGCUUCCCACAAGGCCUUCUCAUAUUAUACCAAACAAAGACUGCAAAAUGAUCAUAAAAAUCCAGAAUUUACUGGUCCACUGGCCCCAGGUGUAGAUAUGGAGAGAAGUAUAUAUGAAAUGCUCACAAUAGAACGUUGGGAGUCACUAAACCACAUGAACUAUAGGCUGGCUUCACUGAGGCCAGUCCAUGGGAGGCUUGCUCUAAAAUUCCUCAAUUGGCUUGUUAGGCAACCUGGUCUGGAAAUUGUUCACCUUGCUCACAUGUUUUCCAUCACCACUCAUAUACUUGUCAGAGCUAGAAUGUAUGAGCAUGCCAAAUCCAUCUUAAAACAUCUCUCGAAAAUGGGUGUUGGUUCAAAGGCUGUUUUUGAUGCUUUAAUGAACACUUACCCACUUUGCGGGUCAAACCCUUCAGUUUUUGAUCUUUUGAUUAGGGUUUAUUUGAGAGAAGGAAUGGUAGGUGAUGCUUUGGAGACCUUCUAUUUCAUGGGUUCUCGAGGGUUUAACCCUUCUGUUUAUACUUGUAAUAUGGUGCUAGGGUCAAUGGUGAAAGAUCAGAGAGCUGGGACGGUUUGGUUGUUAUUUAAGGAAAUGCUUGCUAGGAGAAUUUGCCCUAAUGUUGCUACUUUUAAUAUAUUGAUCAACAUUUUGUGUCUGGAAGGGAAGCUUCAGAAAGCUGGUUACCUUUUAAGAAAGAUGGGAGAGAGUGGGUAUGUGCCAAAUGUAGUUACUUAUAAUAGUGUGCUCAAUUGGUACUGCAAGAAGAGAUGGUAUAAGGCAGCUUUUGAGUUGAUUGAACAAAUGGGGUCUAAGGGUAUUGAAGCGGAUGUAUGCACCUAUAACAUGCUUAUCGAUGAUUUGUGUAGAAAUAGUAGGAGUGCGAAAGGAUAUCUACUCUUAAAAAAAAUGAGGAAGAGAAUGAUAUCUCCUAAUGAAGUCACCUAUAAUACUAUAAUAAAUGGUUUUGUGAAGGAGGGGAAGAUUGGAAUUGCAACUCGGGUUUUUGAUGAGAUGUCUAUGAUUAAUCUUUUGCCUAACCAUGUUACUUACAAUGCUUUGAUUGAUGGGCAUUGUGAAGAGGGUAAUUUUGAACAAGCUUUGAGGCUUUUGGAUAUGAUGGAAGCAACAGGACUAAGGCCUAAUGAAGUCAGUUAUACAACCCUUUUAAAUGGUUUGUGCAAGCAUGCCAAAUUUGAGUUAGCUGGAAACCUUCUUGAGAGGAUGAGAAUAAAUAGCAUGUUUAUUGGUCGCAUAGCGUACACAACAAUUAUUAAUGGCUUAUGCAAAAGUGGACUACUUAAUGAAUCUGUGCAGUUGCUUGAUAAGAUGUUCAAGGCUAGUGUAAGUCCUGAUAUAAUCACAUUUUCUGUGCUCAUAAAUGGAUUUUGCAGAGUGGGGAAAAUUAAAAAUGUGAAGGAAAUCAUAUGUAAAAUGUAUAAAGCUGGAUUUUCCCCAAACAAUAUCAUAUAUGCUACAUUAAUAUACAAUUAUUGCAAGAUGGGAAAUGUUAUGGAAGCAUUUAAGGUCUUUGCAGCUAUGAGUCGUAGUGGCUGUGACAUAAAUACCUUCACAUGUAAUGUGUUAGUGUCAUCUCUAUGUAGAGAUGGAAAGGUCAGAGAGGCAGAGGAUUUCUUGCAUCACAUGAGAAGGAUUGCCAUUGUUCCUAACUCCAUCACUUUUGAUUGUAUUAUAAAUGGUUUUGGGAAUCUGGGUAAUGGAUUAAAAGCAUUUUCUGUAUUUGAUGAAAUGAUCAAAUUGGGUUAUCAUCCUAGUCAUUUCACAUAUGGCAGUCUACUUAAAGGACUAUGCAGGGGUGGAAAUUUGGGAGAAGCGAAGAAAUUGUUGGAUGAACUCCACUAUAUUCCUUCCAUUGUCAGUACUGCUUUCUAUAAUAUGAUUCUUGCAGCGACAUUUAAAUUGGGGAAGUUGUCAGAUGCAAUGGCUCUUUUUGAUGAAAUGGUCCAACGUAAUGUGCUACCUGAUAAUUAUACAUACACUAUUAUUCUUGCUGGGUUAUGUAGGAGGGGCAAGACUGUUGCUGCACUUCUUUAUUUGGGGAAAUUGCUGGGUAAGGGAGUUCUGUAUCCAGAUAAGGUCAUGUACACUAGUUUGGUUGAUGGUCUUUUCAAGGCUGGUCAACCAAAGGCUGCCUUUUAUGUUUGUGAAGAGAUGGAGAAAAAUGGGAUAUGCCCCGAUACUAUUGCAUUCAAUGCAGUUAUGGAUGGAUACUCAAGGAUGGGAAAUAUGGCAAAGGUGGGUGAUCUCUUCACAGUGAUGAGCAAUGGUAGUAGGAUAUCCCCUACUUUGGCUACAUAUAAUAUUCUCUUGCAUGGGUAUGCAAGGAAAAAGGAUUUGCAAAAAUGCUCUAAUUUAUUCAAUAUCAUGAUGAGGACAGGUAUUUUGCCUGACAAAUUGACUUGCCAUUCUCUCAUUCUUGGACUUUGUGAAUCGGCUACAUUGGAUAUUGGUCUUAAAAUGUUGAAAAAGAUGAUAAUGCAGGGUUUUGUAGUUGAUCAGUGUACGCUUAACAUGCUUAUCAUGGAAUCUUGUGAAACAGGUGAAAUGGGAAAAGCCUUUGAGCUGUUGAAUAUUAUGAGCUUAUUUGGGAUUAUUCCUGAUGCAAAUACACACAAUGCCCUCAUUAAGGGACUCAACAAAGUUUCUGCUGUCCGAGAAUCCCAUCUUCUAUUGCAUGAAAUGUUGGAGAGGGGUAUUAUUCCUCAGUGCAACCAAUAUAUUACUUUAAUUAAUUUUUUGUGUAGAAUGGGUGAUGUACAGGGAGCAUUCAAGCUAAAAGAUGAAAUGGAAGAACUUGGUGUGAGUUCUAGGGAUGUCGCUGAGAGUGCCAUGGUAAGAGGGCUUGCCAAGUGUGGGAAGGUUGAUGAAGCAAAGCUGGUUCUUGAUUUCAUGCUUCGGAAGAGCCUUAUUCCAACUAUUGCUACUUUUACAACUCUAAUGCACAUGUUCUGUAGGAAUAAUAACCUUUUGGAGGCCUUAAAGUUGAGGGAUAUAAUGGAGCUUUGUGGUGUGAAACUUGAUAUUGUUGCAUACAAUGUUUUGAUAUCUGGCCUUAGUGAUAAUGGUGAUGUUGCAUCUGCAUUUACACUGUAUGAAGAGAUAAAACGAAGGGGUCUCUUACCCAAUACCACAACCUAUUGCAUUCUCGUCAAUUCCAUUAUCACAGAUGAUGAUAAUCUUGUUAAUGGUGAAAUUCUUUUGAAAGAUUUAGAGGACAGGGGAGUGAUAUCUGGGCAUCGGAAUCAAAGCAUCAGACAAAGUUUGGUUGUUGCCAUGAGAAAGUUGAAGUCCUUGAGGCAAAACAGAAUUAGAUGAUGCCAAAAUCUAGCAGGGAAGCAAAGUAAGAAUGUUGAGAAUGCAAAAUCUAAAUCAUUCUAUGAAAGGCAGAAGAGGAGGAGAUGGAUGGACUUCCAUUACGUAGUCAGUGUGCUAUUCAUCACCUGGUUCAGUGGAGUUUCUUUUUGUUCUCAUGUUUUCGCCCUGAGUAGUUGGCUGUUUUGUGCCUGUCAGGUGGACUGCACCUGAUCAAUACAAGGGGAAUCACCACUGUCCAUUAAAUGUUGAGUAGGCUUUACACCUCAUGUUGAGAUAUUUGGGGUGCAAAAAAAAUUGUAGCUCGGACAUAAUUUGUAGCUCUUAUGUUCUGAUGAUUUGGUGAUGCCAACAUGACUUGAUGAGCUAUGAGAGUGACAUGUCCAUAUAGAUUGCAGCCCAAUGAAGGUGUUUUGGGAGCAACUUGCUGAACAUGAGAUGUAAGAGGCGGCCACUUAGGGAACCAAAUCAAAUGGUAUGUCUGAAUCUCUCUAUUCUGUUUCCAACAGAUAUAGGGCAUGCAGAAAAAGACUCAUAAACUUUGUUGAUACUUGAUAGUGUACCCUUAAAAUCAGGCAUCUCAUUGUACAAAAUAUAAUGCUUUGUUCCUAGCAUGGCUGACAGAAUCUAGCAAUUGCUAUUAUCGACUUUGUUUUUCAAUUUCACAAUUGCUAUUACCACUCAGGAAAUGUCUUGGACACGCUGGGUGUCCUUUAUAUGUAUAAACUCUUUCAUCGAUCUACAGUUUAAUUAGGUGUGGUCUGAUUAAUCUUUUUAUCUCUCGUAAAAAUAUAUAUAGAGAGUGGGAGGACUCUCCACCACAAAGGUUAUCACCAAUUUGAUGCAAAAGGGAUGGCUAUCCCUACUGUAUAGCCUACAACAUUGUUCCUGUCCGUUGGAUUAGUUGUUUACAAGGCAUUAAUAUAUUAAGUACCCCUUCAAUUA